CCCAGGGUGGGAUUGUUGGGAUGUCUGGGCAGGGCCAGGAGUUGGAUCGAUGAUCAUGUGGAUCCUUUCCAGCUGAGGAUAUUCCAUGAUGUAGCCAAGGCUGGACAGAGCUCGUCCGUGCUGGACACAUGGUGGUCCUUCACAGCUCAGAGCCUCGUCGGGACGAGGCCGCGGCGUCUCUGUCGCCACUCUCUUGCUCAAACCUUUCUGUGUAACCCACUCCCAUUCUCUUUCCCUGUGGUAGUCCAGCAUAACCACUGAUCCUCUCUCUCCAUAAAAGAGGAUUAAAACUGGCAACAUUUGCACCUUAAAGCAGCCAGCAAGGGCCACGCUCCAUCUUUUCCAGCUGUAAUCCUGCCAGGCUGAGGGCUGCGCCUCUGUGCUGAACGAGGAAUGCUGUCAGCAAACAGCAGCCUCUGCUUAUUGGGCUAGGAAUUCUUAAAAGACCACUUUUGCCCGUUAAUUAAAAAAGCUGAAUUGACUAAAGAUGAGUUACUCGCUUCACGCUGUUUAAAAUGACUCCUGGGUUCUGCAGGUCUGAGGAAAAUAGGUUAAAAUUGGGAUUUCUCUGUGGUUCUUUAAAUUAAAUGAAAGAAUGUCUAAGGUGACAAAGUAUUACCCCAGAGAAUGGCAUUAAUCAUGUUCUGGUUCUUAAACUUGUGGCAGACCACACAUCCUGCAAAAAGAUUUUAGGGAAAAAAGGGUUCUGGCCCAGGUGCUGAAGGUGGAUACUGGUGAGGCAGAGUCACCGCAAAGGCCUCCUGUGAACCCUGCAGAGCUUGGGGGCGAGCACGGGAAUGCUAAAUGAGAAUUCCAUCCAGUGGUUUACGGUUCUGUGGUGCAGUUUCGCUUCCAGUUUUGGGUUACACUCGGCUGGCACAGGCUGGGAUGUGGUGGUUGCCCUUCCCGUGGCUUUCCGAACCCUAAAUGUGCCCUUUUUUCCUUGGGGUCUUCCUGGGGAGGGUUGAUUCCAACUGGGAUAUUAUUUCUUGAUGCCAAAGCUUGAGGAGGGUCUUCAAGAGGACUCAAGAAUCCACCUCAUCCUUGUGUUCACCCUGUGGCUUCCUGCUGGUGUUUGGUGCUAAAUAUGGGAAAUUAGGCUGCAAAAAGGACCCAUUGCCAAUCCCAUGGUCCGUGAUGUGUCCUGUCACAUCACCCCACGGCAGCUUUCAGCAGCAAGUAGGAGGUUUUCUCCUAAUAAAUACGUGUGAAAUCCUAUUUGUUUCUUUUCCAGCCUUGCCACAUGUGAAGUUUUUCCUGCAGGGGGAUUUCUUUGCUCUUUGAUGUGAGAUUGUGACGAAGAGAGCGCGUUAAUAGAAGGAAUUUUGGUUUUGUUUGCUAGAAUCCGUUGGAUUUUAGGUCUUUUCGCGCUGAGACCGGGAGCACUGGGAUUUUUUUUUCCCCCCAUCCUACUUAAAAGGAUCAUUUUACUGAUGCUGUGCCACAGGAGGACGCUGUGGAACGAGAGUUGGUUCCUGUUGUUCCUCUUGGUGCUUGAGUCGCCGCGUCUCUGCCAACUGUGUGAAAUAAGAUGUUCACUUCAAUCUUGAUAGCACAGGAGUAAACUGGAGUGUCUUAUCUUGCUUUGUGCCUGGUAUCAGUUGUGCUGCUGACAGGAGUCUCUGUCUCCAGUCCUGGAAAGUCAUUCCCAUCCAAAAGCUUGCACAGCUUCCAGAAGGGCUUCACCAUAAAAAAAGAAGCUGUUUUUUAUCAAGUUGAGGUGUAGGCCUCAAAAUUCUCCACAUGAACAAGGCAGGAUUUUUUUUUCUGUGGAAAGUGGGAUUUUGGCAUUUAAAUGUGCAUUUUAAAUGAGUUGUGGUAAUAAGUGAGAUAUUAAUCAAUCUUAUCCUGGUGAAUGGUGGCGUUUGCUUAUCAAACCCACAGUGAUGAUUCCCUCUAGGCACAGUUUUAUAGAGGAGUGGUAUCAAAUUCACCCUUAAUACAAAUUAAUGAAUUAUAUUCACCCAGUGAGAGAUGCCAGUGAAACGUGGAAAUCAUGGAAAGAGCUGCAUUUCUGUGGUUGGGAGUCUGGAAUCACCUUCUAGGGACACCUGGACAUCCUCUUUCUCCUGUCCCUGUGGAGAAAAGACCAGGAGAAGGUCUGGGACUGGCUCGGUGGUGGUAGCGCUGCUGAGUGAUGGGAGUGGGGGCUUCUCCUGGGCUUUCCCAAAAGCUGGUGCAGUUGGAAUUGGCUGGCACAGACCUCCUGGCAGCUCUGAUUUCUCCUGGAAGUGGUUUCUUAACCAGCAUUGUCAGGAAAUGCUCUGCGCCCUGGCUGGGAGGUGGGUGAGAUGUGGCUGCCAGGUACCAGCUGGCCCAGACAGAGGAGAAACAGAGCCAGGACAGCACCGGGAUUGGCCAUUCCUCCUUUUUAAAGGUUGUCCUCUAAUCCUCCCCUCAGCUGGCAGCAGCUCCUCUAACUCAGACCAUCUCAGGAACCACCAAAACCGGAUUGUUCCUGGCUGUUCUCAUCGGAGGGAAGGCACAAAUCUCUCAAAACGAGGUUUGAGGGACACCAGGAUUUCAGUCAUGGCUCCUGGUGAAAGUCAUGGAAUACCAUCCCGGAUGAGCUUGGCUCUUUGUGGUUGUUGUAACCAACAAAAUGUGAUCUACCAGAAAUCUGCAGAUGACAAACCAGGAGGUACCCACUCUCUGGAAAAACUGCCUAGAGGGUCUUGUGCCAGAACUGAAGAAGCAGGACUGGACAAUUUCAAAGGUAUAAUUCCACUCAAACAGGAUUUGAUUUCAUUAGUAAAUGGCCAGUGAUUGAUUCCUUGCUAAGAUCAGUUUUCACUUACGAAUUAUCCCAGGCUGUCUCUGCAGGGAGAUUGGAGUUUAUCGAGACGCGCAGGCGGAAGUUUGGAACAGCUUUUUAAAUAACACAUUCCUGUGCACUAAAGUGCAGAGGAAGUGCUUUUCAAUCUGAUUGAAUCCACAAAGUGUGACCCAGUUGACUGAAAAAUCUCCUCCACAUCACAUCAACCCAGACCAUCAAAGGUACUUUUGGUCCCUCCCCGUCGUGAGCCGCCAGCGGUGCCGAUGGUGCUGUGGCAGGGAGGAGGAGGAGCUGUUGCAGCUGCAAACGGUUGGUAGUUCUUAAAAUAAAUGGGGGCAGCGUGGCCUUCCUUACCCUCCUGGGAGUGUGGAAGGAGCUCAGCAGGAACGUGUGUGAAGUCCUGGGUGCCACCAGCAGCAUCUCGGUGAGCUGGGAAGCUGGAAACUGCUCCAGCCUUGCUCCGUGGCCAAGGGAUGGAGAUGAAGCAGCAUUUAGUGAGGAAUCGCCACGGCUCCCUCCGAAUGAGGGGAAAGGGAAAAGCGAACAAUGGCCAGAACCUAACUGAGAGGAUGGUUUCCUACAGAGGUGCACGGAAGGGGUGAGCAGCAGGGGGCUGCUGCCGCAGAACGAAUGCGCGCGGAUCGCAGGAGCUCCCUGCAGCCGCCCCCCAGAACAAAAGUGCCAGUGUGAUGUUGUUUAAUGCAAAGCAAACGACUUAUUUAUGGCAGAGGCUUGAAUCCAUUAAAGGCACAUUAAACUCCAGACGCUUGUCAGCUUCACAGAAGAGCGGAAGAGAGGCAGGAGAUGUUGCAGGUUUUCUGGAAAACACUCGGAGCAGGAUUUCCCUGAAGUGAAGCCGUGAGGGAGUGGCACCAGCUUGAAUAAUGAACCAGAUUUUCUCUUUCUUUUUUUGAGAUUCCCGUGUAGUGCCAGACAAAGUGCUCCGUGCUGGGCUCCUCUGUGGAGCAGGGUUGUCAGUAAGGAAUUGGUGCUGACUGCGGCGCAGAGAUCAAACAGAAAAUGGCUUGGGAGAGGAAAGCCAGGAGUGUUUCCAUUCCUUUGAAAGAAAUGAGGAAACGAACCAGAGGGAUUACUCCUGAGAGUGGGUAUGGAGGAUUGACCCUCUCAAAUAAGUCCUUUAAAUUAUUUAGUUAAAAAAACCAAAGCAAAUUAAACCAAAAUAAAUUAAAAACCCCAGGAGCAUCUGAUGUCCCCUGAGCUGACUGAGCAACCACAACGAUGACUUGUCCCUUCCUUCCUCCAUGUUUUUGCUGAGUACAAAGCAUGGUUUUGGGGGAAAUGAUGUGGGAAGCCUUAAUCUACCAGACUGUUGCAGGCCACGAGGUGUCCUGCUCUGUGUGUUUGGGUGGGUCCACCACCAGGUGAUGGGUUUAGUGGUGACCUUGGCAGUGUAGGGGGACAACAAUUGGACUUGAUGACCCUAGAGGGCUUUUCCAUCCUAAACUAUUCCGCGAUUCCGUCUUUUCAGUGGUUCAAAGCCUUUGGAGGGUGGCGGCCUUUCUCCUGAGUCUCAUCCUUGGGAAGGGGAGAAGUUCAGUGACCUGACCAGCCUGAAAUGGGAACAGGGACAGUCCCCCGACCUCAUUAAUGUGUCUGUUAAACUAACUGGGGACACUGAUCGCUUGUAAAGAGGAUUCUGAGAAAGUUUUCAGAAGGUGUUCUCCUUAAUCCUCUCUUUUUCUCCCGUGCAAUUUCCAGCUCCUCGCAGAGAGGGCAGAGCUGCUGCUUGAGCUGGGGACAUCCAUCCUGUAAGGUUCAUUGCUGGGAUGGGAUUUCCUUCUUGACAAAACAUCUGGUUAGGAAAGGUUGAGCACCCUGAGCAGGCUGUGUGGGAGCUGAUCUCUCCAUUUGCCAUCGGGGAUUUGCUAAUUCCUGCAUUUCAGUUAGGAAAUGUAUUCAUUUUCAUGUUGAUGCUGGUACAGAAUGCAGGGGAGCUUUUCCCGUUUGGUUUUCCACCCGGAAUGGCUCACUCUUGAUACGAAAAUAUGAAGGCUGAAUUCUGACAAUCAGGAUAAUUAGCAAAGAAGCAGGUUUUGUAAGAAAAUCAACUUGAUUGAUCUAUUUGAACACAAGAUCCUUGUAUUUGGUGUUUUGGAUGCUAUUGGUUGUUCCCACCCCAUUUCUGAGCGGUGGAAUCAUGGAAUGGUUUGGGUUGGAAGAGACCUUAAACCCCAUCCAGUGCUCCCCCCUGCUUUGGGACACCUCCCACUAUCCCAGGGUGCUCCAAGCCCCAUCCAGUCUGGCCUUGGACGCUUCCAGGGAUCCGGGGGCAGCCACAGCUGCUCUGGGCAACAGGGAAGAAUUUUCUCCUUAUGUCUGAUCUAAAUCUUCCCUUUCACACAAAACUUUAGCCCUCCAUUCCUCAAGGUCCCUUUCAUGGUUGGAUCCUAGGAGGGAUCCAACCACACACACACGGCUGGAGCGAGCUGUGCGUGCUCACGAGAGGACAGAGCAAGCAGGUCUCUCAAAAUCUCCAUAUAAUUCAUAUUUUGCUUCCUUUCAAAAUUAUUUAACCCACCCAAGAAGCGAGAGCCAGCGAUUCUUUUAUUUAUAGCUGAUCUGAGCAGGGUUUCGAAUUAAUGAGGUGUUGGAUGAGUUGGUAAAAGUGGCCUCUUGAUUUAACGUUCCAGGGGAUGACUGCUCAUCUCCAGGUUCAGCCUCUCUCAGAGUCGUGUCUCCUGCGGUGUCUGAAGCAAAACCUCUUCAGUGGGAUAAAGGUUUAAGUUAAUUCCAUCCCUGUGUGUGUAAGGGAGUUUUUCCAUCGUGCUGCUGUUCCUUGCGAUUUUUUUCUGGUGUGGACUUUUUAUUUUGGGCUCAGUUUUAAGCAGCCAUUAACCUGGAUGGUGGUGGUAGAGGACAGUGUCUGUGGGGAUUUAUGGGCUGAGUUACGACUUGUUCCAAUCACACCACAGAGACCUUCAUUUCAAUCCAUGUGGGUUUAAAUUCGGUGUAGAAUUAAUGGGGUUUACGACCAGUUCCUGUUGUUUUCUGGUGGUUUGAGUGGUGCAGCUCUGCUGUUGCCUCCUGCAUCUGGUGUUCCUCCAGCAAUGGUGUCAACAGCCACUGAUCAGGGCUGACAGGACAUCAAAGGAACCCCUGACAUGCUCGUGAAGCAACUGCACUGUGUGAUGAGAGGAGCUUUAUCCUCAUAGUUUUUAUAAGCACUUUAAAUGACUUCCAAAAUACUUCUGGCUGUCAUCCAAGGCUUCUGGACUAAGCCACGACUACCAGGAAAUGUCUCCGCAGGCACCGUCGCGUCAUUAGGCUUUCCCUGCGCCUGAAACUGCUCUGGUUUCGGGAGAAAAACAGGGAUCAGCGUUCCUUUUCUGGAAUGGUGAAUGCUCAUCUCCAGAGCUAACCAGGAACAGCUUUCCUUUCAUCCCCUGUGCCCGGAUCCCUGCUCAAAUCCAAGCCCCACCCUUCGGAUGCGUCAGGGCGACGCUUUGCUGGGGCAGCAGCGGCGUCGCCAGGUUGGUGACACCUUCGCCUGCCGGUCAAGGUGUUUGCCCACAAAGCCUGGCUUGUAUCAGGAAUGCUUUGGGAAUAAUUUGAAUAUGGGAAUGACUUCCCAAGGUUUCAGUGUUUGUGGCGUUAGGUGUAGGUUGCCUUUGGGUGGGAGGUUUCCUCCCCGUGGAAAUGGCAUCGGAAGCAUCCGUCGUCUUGGGGUCUGCUGAUGGACUUUAAGGUCACUGUGCUCUGUCAGUUAUAUUCUGAUCACAUUUUUCCACGGAUUUUUGCAAUUUUAGUAGAAAUGCCUCAAGCUGCAUUGCUCCAGUGAGAAAAGCAGCAAUGUCCCCUUUCAGGAAAAGCUCGGUGGCUUGGGAAAUCCGUUAAGCUGGUCCAUAGGGAUUUACUUGAAAUAUUUUUUUCCCCACCCGUUUUUCUCUGGUGAUGGCAGGAUGAGUUUCUUGGAAGGAGCUCAGGGCUGAUUGCUUCUCCAGCAGAGAUUUUCGGUUUGCUUCAAUGUACCUCAGCGUCUCGGUCCCUUCCUCGCUGGCACUGCUGGAACCCCUGCUAUUUUUGGAUGGUGCUAAUAUUACAAGCCACGUUGUAAACAGGGUUGGACAACAGCAACGUCGGACUCCAGCAGCUUUUUAGGGAGCACUGGGUGUCUGAAGCUCGUUUGGCUUUAGCUGUAGCCUCAGUGGGUUUGUGACAGUCUGGCAACAACAAUUCUGCUGUCCCUCAGGCUGGAAUAUUCCAGCUCUUCCCCCAGCACUGCCAAUCCCACCACUAAACCAUGCCCCCUGUUAAAUCCCUCCAGGGAUGGGGACUUCCCUGGGCAGCCUGUUCCACUGACAACCCUUUUGAAGUGUUCCCUAAUAUCCCAUCUAAACCUCCCUGGCACAACUUGAACUCAAUUCCUCUUGGCCUAUGGCUUGGGAGAAGAGACCGACCUCCAGCUGGCUGCAGCCUCCUUUUUGUUUGGACAACAUAACCCUCUUGACAAAGUGGUUUGGGUUGUUCCCGUGUCUCACUGACCCCUCCGUGGCAUCCCAUGAUCUGGUGUCAGUCUGGAGCUGUAAUUCCCUGACUGUACUUACAAGGUCAGAAUCUCUUUUGUUUAUUUUCUUGUUCCCUGCAGCUGGUCACCUCUUCCUGCUCUUUGCCCCGAGCAGGAACAGAUUCUCUUUGGGGAAUCUGUUUUUGAGGGUUGAGGUUCUAAUUCUUCUGUUUGAAAAUAUCUUAGGGAUGUGCCGUUUCUUUUCCACAAAUGUACAGCAGGCACAGACUGAAAAUAUCCCUGAGCCUCCCGUCCUGGUCCUUCUGCACAGAUUUGUGUUCCCAGUGUGUGGUCCAGGGCCCUGCUGACUCUUGACUCUUAAUGGAAGAACACGGAGUGACCCAGGCAGAGCACAUGGCUACCAUCGAGGCCCACGCCGUGGCCCAGCAGGUGCAGCAGGUGCACGUGGCCACCUACACGGAGCACAGCAUGCUGAGCGCCGACGAGGACUCGCCUUCCUCACCCGAGGACACCUCCUACGACGACUCCGACAUCCUCAACUCCACGGCUGCCGACGAGGUCACUGCUCACCUGGCAGCUGCAGGCCCUGUGGGGAUGGCAGCAGCUGCUGCCGUGGCAACGGGGAAAAAACGGAAGCGACCUCACGUGUUUGAGUCCAACCCCUCCAUUCGGAAGAGGCAGCAGACACGUUUGCUCAGGAAGCUCCGGGCCACGCUGGAUGAGUACACCACCAGAGUGGGGCAGCAGGCCAUCGUCCUGUGCAUCUCACCCUCCAAACCCAACCCUGUCUUCAAAGUAUUCGGUGCUGCACCCUUGGAGAAUGUGGUACGCAAGUACAAGAGCACCAUCCUGGAAGACCUGGAGUCGGCGCUGGCCGAGCACGCUCCGGCCCCUCAGGAGGUCAACUCGGAGCUGCCACCCCUGACCAUCGACGGCAUCCCCGUCUCCGUGGACAAGAUGACCCAGGCACAGCUGAGAGCCUUCAUCCCUGAGAUGCUGAAGUAUUCCACGGGUCGUGGGAAGCCAGGCUGGGGCAAGGAGAGCUGCAAGCCCAUCUGGUGGCCCGAGGACAUUCCGUGGGCCAACGUCCGCAGCGACGUCCGCACGGAGGAACAGAAGCAGCGGGUGUCCUGGACCCAGGCCCUGAGGACCAUCGUGAAGAACUGCUACAAGCAGCACGGGCGCGAGGACCUGCUCUACGCCUUCGAGGACCAGCAGACCCCACAGACCACGACCACGCACAGCAUCGCCCACCUGGUGCCCUCCCAGACCGUGGUACAAACCUUCAGCAACCCUGAUGGCACCGUGUCCCUCAUCCAGGUUGGCACCGGUGCCACGGUGGCCACGCUGGCCGACGCCUCCGAGCUGCCCACCACAGUCACCGUCGCACAAGUCAAUUAUUCUGCCGUGGCUGAUGGAGAGGUGGAGCAGAACUGGGCGACGCUACAGGGCGGGGAGAUGACCAUCCAGACGACGCAGGCAUCGGAGGCCACGCAGGCGGUGGCUUCGUUAGCAGAGGCGGCGGUGGCAGCGUCGCAGGAGAUGCAGCAGGGAGCCACUGUCACCAUGGCACUUAACAGUGAAGCCGCUGCCCACGCCGUAGCCACGCUGGCCGAGGCCACCCUUCAAGGAGGGGGACAGAUUGUCCUGUCUGGGGAAACUGCAGCAGCGGUCGGGGCGCUCACCGGAGUCCAGGAUGCCAAUGGCAUCCUAGCAGCAGACUAUUCAGGUUGCAAGUGGAGCCUGGCAGAGAGUUCAUUAGGCCUCGUGCAGAUCCCCGUGAGCAUGUACCAGACCGUGGUGACCAGCCUGGCCCAAGGCAACGGCCCCGUGCAGGUGGCGAUGGCGCCGGUGACCACGAGGAUAGCGGACACUGCCGUCACCAUGGACGGGCAGGCGGUGGAGGUGGUGACCUUGGAUCAGUGACGGCGCCCGGAGCAGCGGGAUCGUGGCGAUUCUCCUCGUCUCUUACGCGACUUCAUUUUUUUACGCCUCUCCAGAGAUGCAAUCAGGUGGCAUUGAGUCUCCCAGCUUCGGAAACGAAAAGGUUUUGUUGACCUUUUUCUCUUUUUUUUUUUUUUUUUUUUUGGUCUUUCUUUUUUUUUUUUUUAAAACGA